AUGUCCUCCCAAGGCUCCCCCAGGCCCGUCAGGAUCACCACCUUCCCCCUCCGCGACCAGCCGGGCCGCAUAGCAGCCUACGCCGCCGCCGCCGCCCUCAUCACCCUGGUCUCGCGGCGCGCCCUCGUCGAGCCGGGCUCCGUCCUCUACGAGACCCUCCUCAGGACCCCCGAGGCGGCCGCGACGGCCGCGCGGGUCCAGAACUACGCCUUCGUCUUCAUCUUUGGCGCCCACGCCGUCGAGGCGCCGCUCUUCGCCGCGACCAAGCUGCGCAAGCACGGCGUGCCGUUCCUCAGCCUGCUGUGGUGGAAGUGGGUGGCGGCCUGCUGCCUCGGGGGUGUCGCUGCGUGGAAGCACUUCGCGCUGACUGUCGCUGCGGCGGAGGGGAAGCGGGCUUAG